AUGGAAACUGAGGAUAUGAUUAGCCUCCCUGGUUCCAGUGAUUCUGUAGAUAAAAAUGAGAAUGAUGAGCUUUCGAAGUCUGAUUUUGGGCUAAGUGGAUCUCACUCUCAACCAGGUAGUAAUGAGGCUGCAGAAAGUAGGGAUGAUGAGGAGAAAUUGGGGCUUCAUGAAGCUGUUGGAAAUGAAGAAGGCACAACGGAUGGGAGUUUGGAGCUCAAUGGAGGUGCUGGUGGAAACAAAGAAAGUACAAAAAAUUGGGAGAGUUUUGAGCUCAAUGAAGGUGUUAUUGGAAAUGAUGAAGCUAUAGUUGAUCCAGGGUAUUCUGGGCUUAAUGUUGGUGAUAGUGGAACUAAAGAAGCUGCAACAGAUCAGAGUAAUUUGGUGCCUGAGGAACGUGACAUUGGAUCUGAAGAUAUUCAGUUUGCAGUGGAAACAGAGGCUGACAUGGAUUUGGUUGAUUCGCCUGUCAGGCAAGUGAAUAUUGAAGUGGUUGAUGCCGUUAUAGUUUCCAAGAAGCCGGAUAUUUCCAGCAUCACAGGGAAUGUUGAGGAUUGUUUCCUUGAUACACAAAAUAGCGGUCUUGUCCCACAAGACAAGAUGGAUGGCAGUCGUGUUAAGAGAAAAAGGACGACAUAUGAUGAACAGCAGCCUUCAGUGCAUGUCAAGUAUAACUCCUUAACAAGAGCUAGCAAACAAAAGCUUGAGGAACUGUUACGACAGUGGUCAGAGUGGCAUUCUCAACAGAGUUCUUCAUCUCAUGAUUCUGAUGAAAUGCGACAGUCUGGUGAAGACACUUACUUUCCUGCUCUAUGUAUCAGCAUGGAGAAGUCCUCUGCAGUGUCCUUCUGGAUUGAGAACCAAACAAGGAAACAGCAAGACAAUGAAAUAAUUCCUCAGCAUGGUAAUUCUGUGCCUCUGUAUGAUCGUGGAUAUGCAUUGGGUUUGACUUCAGCAGAUGGUCCAAUUAACAUGGAAGGAAUACUUGCAAAUUGCUUAAGUUGUUCAAAACUUGUUGAUUGGCAUGUAUGUGGAACAAGCUUGGAUAUUAGCAUUCAUGGUGAUUUUAUGAUUGUGACUGGGGCAUGGAAUCUCUAUAACCUUGUUUUAGGCUUGGAGAUAGUGGAUGAUGCUGCACGUUGUUUUAACUGCGGUUCGUACAACCAUUCUUUGAAAGAAUGCCCUAAGCCUCGUGAUAAUGCUGCUGUUAAUAAUGCUCGCAAACAACACAAGUUCAAGCGAAAUCAGAAUUCUAGCUCCCGCAAUCCUACACGUUAUUAUCAGAGCUCUUCAGGUGGAAAGUAUGAUGGUUUGAAGCCAGGUUCUCUUGACACUGAAACACGGAAACUUUUGGGUCUUGGGGAAUUUGAUCCUCCACCAUGGCUUAACAGAAUGCGAGAGCUGGGAUACCCACCAGGAUAUCUAGAUCCCGAUGAUGAGGAUCGGCCUUCAGGGAUCACAAUAUUUGACGAUGGGGAAGUCAAGGAGGAACAGGAAGAUGGGGAGAUUAUGGAAACAGACCUUCCUGAACCUCAGAGGAAAAUGUCAGUUGAAUUUCCAGGAAUAAAUGCAGCAAUUCCAGAAAACGCAGAUCAAAGACUUUGGGAUGUUGGGCCUUCAAGUUCUGAUCCAUACCGGCACCGAUCACACCAUAGAUUGAGCCAUUCUUCAGAAGCUACAGGCAGGUGGCAUCAUCAUGAGCAAAGACAACAUAGGGAUGAUGGGCCUCCAGGUGUUGAUUCGGUGUUUAGCCCAUCAUUGUCUAGUUACCCUCCAAGGUAUGGUCAUUAUGAUUCUAGUUACAGUUCUGACAGCCCUAGAGAGCUGACACCUGCCUUUGGGAGGUCCAAUUCUGAUAGAGGAAGGAGCGCUUUGGUAUAUGAAGAUUUUGCAAGCCGUGGUCCUUCAUCAUACUCAUCCUCAAGGAAACGUUCUUCACCACGGGAUAUUGGCUCUGUGAGAUACGAGACUGAUAACAGCUGGGAUGACUAUGACAAGGAUUAUUCAUAUCGGGAUCAUUCAUUUCGGAGUGAGUAUGACUAUGAUCUCCAUCGCCAUCGUAGGAGCGUUGAGAUUCUCGAGAAGGAUAGGAAUUAUCAAUUGCAAUUACAAGGGUGGGAUUAUGUUAAUGUGUUAGAGAACCAGUUGUUUAUGAAGGCUGUUACUGAGGAGGAAUAUAUCAACCUGGACACUCUGAGAAAUAGAUUGCAAAGUUUAAUCCUACAACAAGAAAGUGAUGCAAAUUGUGGUCAACAAGGGUCCAAUUUAAUGGCAAUGGAAACUUUGGGUUCGACUCAGGGGUGCAGUUCUGGUGCAGGAAACCCUAUUUACAAUAGUUACCCCAACUGUGGCAACAAUAAUUAUAACCUGUUGGUGGCUGACAAAAGGGAUCAAUUUGGUUUCCACAAAGGAAUCGCAAGUAUGCACAGUGCUCUUGCAGUGGCCUCAAGGCAGAUUGCUAGUGAGAUGGUUUGCUCUCCUGAUAUAAAUUCCUCCGUCACUACUAGCUCCUGUGGGGAUGGGUUUCCCGAACCAGGAACUUUUGACAAUGGGCCAGUCUUCUCUCAGGGAGAUCAUCCAUAUCGUUUUCAGGCCUUCAAAGACAAUUUUCAGCAGCAACAUUUUGAUCAAAGUUGA